AGUCUCUGUGUGUGGGCAUGCAUGUGCAUGCGUGUGUGUAUUAGAGCCAGAGACAAAAAGCGUUCCUCCUAUCAACUGGCAGCAAAGGGGGAAAGGGAACGGGUGUCAGGUCAAUCUCCUUGGUGCCAAGUUCUCUAAAGCAGCCAUUUGAGCAACUGGACAAGCAUGUCAGGAGGAGUGCGCGUUGCAUUGCGGAGACUCCUGGUCUGGGCAGCUUUCCUGGUACUGGAAGGUUCAAAGUCUCGUUCAGAAGAGUUUGUGCCCCAAAUCAUUGAUCACCCCUCUGACCUUGUGGUUCGUUGGGACCAGCCUGCUACCCUGAACUGCCGUGCUACCGGAAACCCAGAGCCUACAAUAGAGUGGUAUCGCAAUGGAGAGCACGUGAAAACAAACAGAGACGAUGCUACAUCUCAGCUUACUCUCCUGCCUGAUGGGUCCCUCUUCUUCCUCCGCCUCAGCCAGAAGAAGGGCAAAUCGGAUGAGGGAGUGUACAACUGUGUGGCCAGGAAUCACUUGGGCACUGCUACAAGCAAGAACGCCUCGCUCUAUGUGGCAGCUCUGCGGGAAGAUUUUCGGCUUCAUCCCAGUGAUUCAGUGGUGACAAGUGGAGAACAAUUGUUGCUCGAAUGCAUUCCCCCCAAAGGACAUCCGGAGCCUAAAGUCUCAUGGAAGAAGAAUGGAAUACCCAUAAAUGAGGAAAGUGGACAUUAUGAGGUCUCUGGUGCAAAGCUUCUAAUAGCCCAUGCUCUGAAAAGUGAUUCGGGAGCGUAUGUUUGUCUGGCCUCUAAUCAAAUAGGAGAGAGAGAAAGCAGAGCAGCUUUGGUGUCUGUCUUGGAAAAGCCAGUGUUCACUCGGAGACCGAAUGACAUUGUGGCCAAACUUGGAAGCACCGUUGUGUUUACGUGUGGAAUCCAUGGAGACCCAAUGCCCACUGUCCAGUGGCACAAAGAAUAUGGAGAGCUUCCCUCAGGAAGGUAUGACAUAAGCCAAGAAAACACCCUUCAGAUUCACCACCUGGCUGUAUCUGACACUGGGAAAUACGUCUGUACUGCCUACAAUCAGGUGGGGAUAAUCUCUGCCAAGGCAUCUUUAACAGUGCAGGAUCUCCUGGACACUGGCCAGAAUGAGCAAGACAGGCCCAAAGGUGCCCUGAAGGAGCUGAUGGACCUCCGGGUUUACUUGGCAAAUGUCACUGCUGUUCCCUCCACUCCUGCAGCCCACCUGCACUUGAAGGUCAUCCCCACUGCCCAGCACAUAGAAGGCUACAUGGUCCUCUACCGGGCGCUGCUUCCUGUGAGCACACAUUGGGCUGAAUGGAAUGUCCCCAGAGACCACCGGGCCAUUGUUCCAGCACUCGAGAGAGGCUACAAAUAUGAAUUCAAAGUGCGACCAUAUUCAGGGAAGUUCCAUGGCUCAGACAGCAACACAAGACAUCUCUGGAUCCCCGAAGAAGUGCCCAGUGCUGCUCCUCAGAGCAUCAGCAUCGUUGUGUCCCAAGGGGGGAAUGGCUCUGUUAUCAUCCUCUGGGAGCCUCCACCACACGAUACACACAAUGGCAUCAUUAAGGGGUACCAGGUCUGGUUCCUAGGCAAUGAGACACACGAAGGGUCUAAUAGGACUGUAGACGGAGGAAUGCACAGUCUAGAAACAGCAGGCCUGGCCAAUGGGCCAAAAUACUGUGUCCGAGUAGCAGCCAUAAAUGGAGCAGGAGUCGGAGUGGCCAGUAACCCUGUAUGCAGUGCCCAAGAGCCUACAGUGGGAAAAAUGGCAACGAUUCCGGACUUGCUGUCUGCCGACUAUAUUCUGGAAGUGAUGCGCCAGCCAGUCUUCAUUGCCAGUGUGGGCUCUGCGCUUUGGAUCAUGCUGAUGGUUCUGGCAGUUUACGUUUGCCAGCAACAAGCCAGGCAGCACGGCAAGAAACGGCAGUAUGGUCUUGGUGAAGGUUUGUACAGGAAUGCAAGUGACGACACCAUCAUCAAACAAAGGGUGGACUCAAGUGAUUCCCCAUGGCUUUCCAACACAUGGAAGUCCACUUCCGGUUCAAAGAAUUACAGCACUACCAGCAGCCUGAGCAGCCACCUUCUGUGGACCGAGCCCAAAGACAACCAGGACUUCCAGAAAUCGACUGUGUCCUUCGAGAGACAGAGCCAAGGAUCAUCUCACACCCAGGCUGUUCCUCUGGUGCCCCCCAACAGCAGCAGCAGCAGCAGUAGCCUGUACGGAGCACUCUAUGUGGACCUCCCCGCAAAGGACCUGAAAACCUUCUACAGUGUUCCUCUGCCACACCUUUCCAGCCCCAGCCUGCCAAGUAUGGAACUGGCACGCCCAGGUGACGAAAGGGUCCUCUCUCUCUGCAGUCAGAAUCUGAGGCUAGAUAAUGCCAGCGUCCGGGGAGCAGCAGCACUGCAAGGGAAGGCAUCCAGUCCCUCAUCCCCAAGUUUGAUCCUUCAGGCAUCCUGGGAGAAAAACAGCAAGAAAGAGCUACAGCAAGCACACAGCUCACCUACAGCUCCAUCUGGCUUUUUGGCAGACUGGAGCAACCGCGGCAGCCGGAUCAGCAGCAACAGCUCCGGAAAGCACCACAGAAUCCCCGGGGAAUCAAGAAAGGUCCUGAAGUCCUACAGCUCCCCAAAGUUCUCGCAGGGCAGCGCCUCGCAUAAUGUUGCCAGUCUAUUGCCUCCGCCUCCUCCAGUCCCUCCAGGCUUUCAAGUUUCCCAAGAUCACAGCGCCCAGCAAGAGUGUACCUGCACUUGCUACCUGGAGCCUCCUGCAGCCUUGGUGCCCCAGCAGCAGGAUGAAGACUCCCCACAGACAGCCAAGGAGUCUCCGAGAGCAAGCCAGGCCUUCCCCACCCUGCCGUACAACCGUCUCUCUGCAGCCUCGAUCUCGGUGUCCCUCAACGACGACAGGGAGACAGUGCUUACCCCGGAGGAAGUGGCUGAAUACCUGGAGCUGAGCGAGGAGGCAGAUUGUGCAAGGAACCAGAGCGACGGCUCCUCUGCUACACCUCGGGCUUUGUCUCCACCUCACACCUAUGGAUAUAUCUGCGGCCCGCUGGACUCAGAGCUGCUGGAAAGCGAGGGGGUAGAUGAGGGAGAAGGCUCUGCCCUGCCGGAGGGGGGCUGUCAUCCCACGAAGUUCUUCCGCGGUUUCUGCAGGACUCCCUCGUCCAGCCUGAGUGAGGAUGAAGCUUCCCUGGGGGGCUCCCUGCUCAACGGGUGGGGCUCCGUCUCUGAGGACAAUGGCACCAGUACCCGCUGCAGCCUGGUCAGCUCCUCCGAUGGCUCCUUCCUCCUGGAUGCCAAUUUUGCUCAGGCUCUGGCUGUGGCGGUGGACAGUUUCUGCUUUGGGCUGACUCAGAGGGAGGUUGACAGAGCCCUGACAGACUUUUUGCCCUCGUCUUCUCCUCCCCACAAUGGGAUCAUGCGUCCACAUGGCACCACUGAGAACCUGGAGGAUGCUCAGCAGAAGGCCAGACCACAGCCCCUCCCCGUGUGGGAGUGGAGCACAGAUUGGGUGAAUGAGAUGGAAGCCAAGUACAAGCAGCCACAGCCGGCUGAGAACUGGGGCGCCACCCCACAGCUCAGAGAAGGGAAGACAACCCUGGGAGAGACCCAGAAACUGGCUUCCCCCUCACCGGGGACAAAGGGUGCCUGCGUGUCUGAUUCGAUCAGUUACCCAGACAGAGCAGUCAGUGCCAGCCAGGCCUCUCUCGCUAGCACCCACAACACUGGGUCAGGAGCCUCUGCCAUUUCUAAAAGAGGCGAGGAAGCAGUGAUGGGAAAGCCCGCCAUUCAGAAACAAAAGCCAGAAAGCAGUCCUUGAGAAGUGGGCAUCGUCCAGGAACGGAGUCAUCUGAAAGCCACCCUAUGUGUCUUUGAGAGAGUGCCAUGAUGCAAGCGGACUGGCUGGGAGAGCUUUGAGAAUCUAGGCCUUGAUCAACCCCCCCCCCCCGCCCCCCGUUGACUGCAUUGCAUUCUUGGGAAUAAUUUCCACUGGUGUUCCUCCACAGAGGGGACAGGUCUGUGAUUUCUCCAGCUGUUUCUGCCCCCUGGAGUUAGGAUAUGGUUCGCUUGAGCCACCUUGUCAUUCGGAGCAAUGGGCGAUUUUUCAGGCUGCAUCCUCUGAAGAAGGGUCCUUGCCUGUGUCACAACAUUCUUAGCUUUGUGGCUGCUUCAGACUAUUGCCUAUUCUGUGAGUCAGAUAUCCUACUUUCUCACCUCAGCAUCCGACAUUCCUUGUCGGAGAUCCAGGCUGGCCGUGUUUUGGACCAGUGACUGUAGCUGUCCCCCAAACUGCAGUUUCUAGCUACCUAGUAUAUUUUAACUCCACCUUUCUAUCAAGAGUGUUAGGGCAGCUUACCCAGGUCUCCCUUCCCCAUUUUAUCCUCACAACAACCUUGAGAAGUAGGUUAGAUUGAGAGAGAAUAACUGUCCCAGGGUCACCCAGUGAGUUUCAAGGCUAGGAAGGAAUUUGAAUUCAGUCCUUCCAGAUCCUUGUCUAAUCAUUAUGCCACACGGCAGGUGAGCCCGUUUUGUUCUUUGCUGCUGUUCACCUGCCAAAUAUUGCAGAUCAAAUCUCUAACAGAAGGAGGCCGGGGCAUUUGUUGAUUGGAGGUGGAGAUCAGACCAAGGAUAAUGAAGGAAAGUUCCCUGGGCAUUUUGCUACUGGCUUCCUUCCCAAGAUAGAUCUGAGCCACCAUCUGGCUUGGCUGUUGGCCAGGACAUUUCUAAGGGGGGAAAAGUCCCGCUGUUUCUGAUCUCCUACUUACUAUUGAUGCACACGGUUGUGAAUUUGAAAGGGCGCUCUAGGUUCAGGCGGAGAUCUCACUGCUGCUUGGGAUGGCUUCAUUUAAAAAAAAAAAAAGAAACAACCCAGAAUCUGCAAAGCAAGAGAUGGAAAUCAUUCUUGUAAAAGGUUUGGGCAAGUCUUUUGCACUUUUGGUUAUUCCUAUUGUUGCUAUCCACAUAGCUACAAAUGCUUCUCUUUUGGGGGAUGUCUGUUCUACUAAUCACGCCUGAUACCGCUCAGCUACUAACAGGUUUUGUGGCCUUAUUUUGUAAAUAAACUUUUUUUUUCCA